AUGGCUUCCAACGAACCGAUAGACAAGCCGAUAGACAAGCUAACCGGCGACAUGAAGGGGUUGGUCAUCGGUGCCAGUGGUACAAUCCCUGGAUAUCAACAUGGACAAAUCAAGCGGCUGGUCGAAAGAUGUGGUGCGAGGUUUGCCACAAUGAAUAUGAGUGAAUGUACUCAUCUGGUGACAACAGAAAAUUAUCUCAAGAGAAAGUCGAAAAAGAUCAAUCAGGCUCAGGAACUACAUGAUUGCAAAAUUGUGGACAUGGAUUGGCUGCUCAAGAAGAUUACAAAGCAUCUUCCGGAGAGUGUUCAGAAGGAAAUCAUGAAGGAGAAAGACAAAGACAUCAAGGCCAAAGGCAAAAAGCGUGAGCGAGAAUCUUCACUUGUGGACGACGAAGGCAGCCCUUUGAAGAAAACGAAGGAUGAAGAACAGAUCAAGGUCAAGUUUCUGAUCGAACUAGUUGACGAGAAAUACCCAGAUCUGAACACUACGCUUUCCGUUUGGCAGGAUGACGCAGGACUGAUAUGGGAUGCCACGUUGGUCAGAGCUGGUGUGAAAAAACAAGUCGAAAUUUUGCGUCUCCAACUUCUCGUUCAUCGCGAGUCGCAAAAGUUCCACACAUGGGACUUGCAGUGCCAAUUUGGAUCAUCAAAAUCAUCAAAAUCGGUUGGAGAUGUGGGAACCCUCGAGUCGGCCAAGGAUACGUUUGAGGAGAAGUUCAAGAUGUUCAGUGGUUUAGCUUGGGAAGACCGACAUGGUACUCCCACUUCCAAAGGCUGGAUUUUCCUUGAACUGCAUCAUAGGGAGGUUCCCAUCUUCUCCAGCGAGGUCAGCUCGUUGCCUGCAAGCGUUGAAAACGUUUUGAAAAUCAUCUUCGCAACAGGAAACUUGAAGAAAUACCUUAAUGUGCUAAACAGUCACGGACGGAGUGUUUCGCUCAAAAAGAAAGUGGACAAGAAGAAACUCCUGGUUGGGAUUGCAGUUUUGGGAAAGCUGAUGGAGCUCACAAAUCAUGAGCUGGCGCCUGGCAAACACUCCCAAGUAAAGGAGAGAUUGUGCAAGAUCUACGGAAGCUUGAUUUUCAUAAAUCGGACUCUUUCUGACGCCAGUGACACCGUCAGACAGGAACUGGAAUCCCUCGAGCUCUUACUCAAGUUGCGCGAUGCUAGCGAGAUUCUGGAAAGAAAUUCUCAGUCUGCCUCAUUAGCCAUGAGCCAAAUAUCCCAUGAGAUCCUCGGCGUGUUCCGUCUCGAACGUCCCGGGGAAGCAGAGCGUUUCGCCCAGUGGGAAAAGGCAAACCUUGCUAAUAUCGGUGACCGGCGACUUCUGUGGCAUGGCUCGGCGUCUAGCAAUUUUGCAGGGAUCUUGACUCAAGGGCUGCGUAACGAUGGCAUUGCCAGUCUCGAUGGGAAGGCCUUCAUUCCUGGGGUAUUCUUUGCCGACAUAUCCACAAAGUCGGCAGGAUAUUGCCGCCUGAAAGGGGAAGCCUUGAUGUUGCUAUGUGAAGUCGAGCUGGGCACAUCCUCGUCCCUUUCCCAUCAUGUUCUUGGCCGCACUAUUCAUAAAAAAUGGUGUGAUGCUGGAUAUAUUCACCCAGAUUUCAAGGGGUCUAUGGUGCCAGAUCUUCACGCCGGAACAAUGACUGUAAACGGCACGCCGAAUCUUUACCACUCUGAGUAUGUCGCAAAAAGCCCAGCACAGAUUCGCCAACGGUAUCUGUUCCAUGUCAAGCUUGUUUGA